UUUUAGGACUAUUCACUACUAGACUCAACAAAAAUGGGUUUUGAGUAUUUGUACGACAUACGUGUUGGUGAUGACCACGAGGCUCGUUCAAAAACAGUGGUGUCUGGCCUUUCUCCAAAAACAAGUCUUAUAAGGCGAUGGCACGUGUUCAUUGUUUUAACACAAGUGGUGACAUUUUCGCUGACGAUGUUUCGGGCAUUUUUCAAUGACAGUUUGCAAACACUUAACACCAUCACCUACUGUCUUGAUUUGAUUUAUCUUCUUUAUAUCAUCACAUGCUUCUACAUUGGAUAUGAGCAAAAUGGUGUUGUAGUCACUGAUACAAUGCAGAUCCGGAGAAGAUAUCUGCACACUUGGUUCGCCAUUGAUAUGAUUAGUGUCAUUCCCCUGGAAAUGCUGAAAUAUGCCUUUCCAGCAUUAUAUCUUUUCAGUUUGAACCGAUGUCUGAGGUUGUUAAAAUUGUUCAGUAUAAUAGCUUCAUUUGGCAAGGAACCAGACACCAACAAAGUACACGUGGCAGCCCUUAAUUCUUUCUGUAUAAUGGCUGUGUGCAUCCAGCUUUGCGCAUCCUUAUGGUUCAACGGAUCAUGCAAGGGUGCUCAUAAUGCCCAGGACAGAGUCUGUCAAAAUGAGUCUGAAAACUGGCUGCAGUUAAUGCCAGAAGUUUCAAACAAUGUGGCAGCGGUAUCAGAUAUGUCCUUUUAUGGUUAUGCUGUUUACUGGUCUAUAGUAACAUUGUGCACUGUUGGGUAUGGAGAUCUUCAUGCCAGUAAUAUGACGGAAGUAUAUUUAGCCAUGAUCACGAUGAUUUUGGGUAUAUUUGCAUUCAAUGGAAUCAUUAUGACAGGAAUGAGCUCUCUCAUAAGCAACUUGGAUGCCCAACGUGGAAAAUUCUACAGACGAAUGGAUGCAAUUCGUGUCCACAUGACACAUAUGGGAUUGCCUCAGGAGGUUCAAACAUGGACAUACAAGUACUACUAUUAUUUGUGGGUAUACCAUAAAGGCAGUGCUUCAGUUGGAUUGAAUGAUGACCUACCAUAUACUUUAUGGUCAGCGCUUGCAACAGAAUGCCACUCGCCAAUGUUUAAAAAGAUUUCCAUAUUUGCGGACUUAAAUGAUGGCUUGAUUAGGUUUCUGAGUACAAAAAUAAAGACAUACACAUACAGCCCAGGCCAAGUCUUGAUACAGACUGGACAAGUUAAUCAAAAUGCAUUCUACAUUGAAAAUGGACUGGUACAGGUACAGGGAGAUAAUGAAGAGAAAAUUGCUACUUUGCUGCCGGGAUCUUUAAUUGGAGAAACUAAUCUUGUUUUCAAAAUGCCAAGGAAUGCUACAGUUGCAGCUGCAACCUUAAGUGAAAUCUGUAUUUUGGAACACAAAGACCUUUUCACACUACUGGCUGACUAUCCAGGAGCGGCCCUCCAGGUUGCCACAGGAGCUAUGAAGCGGCUCCAAAAUGUUCAAUACAGUCUUUCAGAUGCUUUUGAUUUAGGAGUUGCUAGAAAUCCGAAGAAUGUUGUCAUUCAUGAGAAUUCUUGCACAGAUCUUAAGGCAAAGGACCAAAGAAUAUUAAAUCUGUUCAUGGAGUUCAUAUCUCAGGAUAAGAGGAUCAGAAAUGUAUCAACUACAUCAUCUAAUGUUAAAAAGGUUCUAGGUGUACCAACAUUCCGUCCAGAUGACAGAUUUGUCAUAAUGUGGGAGAUGAUCAUAUUUUGGUCCAUCACUGUUUCAAUAUUCCUGGAAACCUGGGUAUUCUUUUUUGCACACAACAAGGAAACAACAGGAUUUCGCAACAGGGGAAUGGGACUGUUUUAUCUCCUUGUCAGUGUGUUCAUUGAUAUCCUCGCAGUAUUUGACAUACUUAUCAAUCUUCGGAUUGAAAUUAUGACAAAAGACGGAUAUUUGUCUGAUUUAAAAACAAUAUUCAACGCAUAUUGGAGAUCAAGGAAUUUACUCUUUGAUGUCUUAGCUGUAUUCCCAUUGGACUUAUUUUCCUUUCUUUACAAGUGUGAACUUCACUGGAGAAACUUGACUCUUUUCAGAUUAAAUAGACUAAUCUGGCUUCGUAAGGUUUAUUUGUUUUUCAACAAAAGAGAGAAUGAUCUUGGAAAUAAUCUAUUUGUUCAGAGAACGGCUAAGUGUGUUUUUCUCCUGAUUUUUUCCCUUCACAUUUGCGCUGGGGGUUUGUAUAUUGUAGGAUGCUCAGAAUGGUGUGAUCAAACCACAUGGUUAACACAUGCUGGUCUAUUGAAAAGUACUUCAAACUUUUAUCAUUAUAUGAGUUCUGUAUACUGGGCCACUACAACAAUGACAAAUGUUGGAUAUGGUGAUAUUACUCCAACAAAAAUACCAGAAAAGAUCAUGGCUGCCACCGUUUGCAUAAUUGGACUGUUUGUCUUUAACUAUAUCAUCAGUCAGAUUUAUGCCACUUUAUCCAGCAAAAAUGUAUCUAGGGUCAUGUAUCAGAAUUUUCUUACAUCAGUGACAAUUUUCAUGAGACAACAAAAUCUUAGUGUAUCUCUUCGAAAAAGAGUCAUCGAUUACCUCAGUCUUCUGUGGUCAAGAUAUCAAGGUGAAGCAUACCCAGGAGGACGAUUUAUACUUUAUGACUUACCUAAAGAACUACAGCACAUUGUGCUCAUGAAGGAGAGAGGAAAAUAUUUGUCCAAGAUUCCUUUUUUUGAGCAAGCUGGGUUAGAUUUUAUCCAAGACAUUGCAUCAGUAGCAGUGAUGUACUACUUCCCACGAGGAGAAAUAAUCCAGUACAGCGAGACAGUAACUAGGGAGCUCUUUUGCAUUGUUCGAGGGACUUGUCAGAUUUUAACAGAUGAUUUGUCAAAUAUUGUGGCUCUGUAUGGAGAAGGGAUGUAUUUUGGAGAGGUUGGAUUUUUGUUUGGAAAGCCAUCUUUGAUGACAGUACGAGCAAAGACACACUGUGAGAUUGUGUCUAUUGAGUUUGACAAAAUGAACACUGUCCUUCAAAAAUACCCUUAUAUGAAAAGAGACUUUGAGAUUUUGCAGUCAAAAAUAGACUAUAACAAAGAUCUUAUGAAUGCAGUUGAGGUUAUGGUGAGUUCAAAACAAACUGCACAAGAGGAAAAGGAUGAUGAAACAGCAUUUAGAAAGAAAGAGACUGUCUUUGCAUAUGAAGGACGCAGAUAUGCCAAAAAGUCCAAGUGUUACAUUGAGGAUUUUGGAAAUUUCCCCAUUUAUGCUGGUGCAGAAGAAGAAACAGUGGAAGAACGACUCUUGAAACUCAGCAAGACAAGGAUGAUACCAACGGAACCAAGUACAUAUUUAGAGCACGUGGAGCAGUUUUUCUGUACAACUUGCCCAUCUACAUUUUUAAUGAGGAAUGCAAUUUUACCCAGUAGUUCAACAUACAUCCGCUGGGAAACUUUCCGUGUUUUGCUGGCCAUUGUGAUAAGCGUUCUUACAGCACUACUUUUUUCAUUUUUGCAUGCCCAGAAAUCCAUCUGGGUCGUGUUGUAUAUUCUUGGAGCAUUUUGUUGGGUUGACAUCUAUAUUCGCAUGCAUGUGGCAUUCUAUAAAGACAACCAUCUUCAAGUUGACACUUUGGAAACAGUAAAGUAUUAUUUGAAAAGUACUUUUUUUUUGGACUUCAUCAGCUGUUUCCCUUGGGAGAUUCUUGCCAUUGUAUUUAUGAAUAUCAAUAUGGAGACUUUGUAUAACAACCUUGAAGUACUUCACUUGAUGGCAUACCUCAGAGUGCCUCAUAUUUUACAGUUGUAUCGUGUUCCUUUGGCAUUCUCUUUUUAUCAAUCAGGGAUUGCAACUGAAAAAACAGCUGUGACAUUUUUCAAAUUUUUGCUCUAUGCAGCAUUGUUUCUUCACUUUUGCACUUGUUUUGUAUUUGCAAUCGUAUGCCCCCUUGGAGAUUUUCAGGGCGAUUCAUCAAGCUAUAAUUUGCCUGCAACAAAACACAACUGCUCUGCAAUAUCAUGGGUGUUUCACAUGGAUUCAACUCACAGUGUUCAUUUAGAUACCAUUACAUUUUCUGAACUCUAUUGCUUUAGCUUGUAUUUUGCUACGGCAACCUUUUGUGGAGUUGGAUAUGGGGAUGUUCAUCCUUCUGCACCUACAACAAGGAUUGCCCUGAUCUUCGUUAUGGUCUCUACAGCUCUGUUUUGUGGUCUUAUGUCAGGUAAUGUUGCUGCCGUUCUUGCAAAUGCAGAUGCAACAAGAGCUGCCUUCAGUGACAGGAAAGACAGUCUUGGAUUAUUUCUGAAGAGUCAGCAAAUAUCUGGUUCUCUAUAUGAAAGCAUAAUUAAAUUUUAUACAUUCAAAUGGAUACGGACAAAAGGAAUAAACCAAGAUGUUCUCUUUGAAUAUCUUCCAUCAUCACUACUGGGCGAUUUAUCAACUGUGCUUUAUGCUGGAGUUAUAGCAAAGGCAUUUGGCAUUAAAGUGAAGAAGAAACAGAGGCAAUCUGUGCUUGAAGAGAAUUUUAAGAAAUUGACUCCAUUGGAAAGGAAGCUAUCAGGAAAACUUGCGAAACCAUUUUUUCAGGAAACACUGAGAAAGGAGAGCAUAGAGCACUUGGAAACUGAUCCUGGAUUUAUUAGGUUGCUGGCUGGAAAGAUCCGAAAGCGUCUUUUUCGGGCUGGUGAUGUCAUUUUCCGGAGACAUGAGUAUGGAAAUGAGAUGUAUUUCAUAAACAAGGGAGGAAUUGAUAUUUUAUCUACGGACGAGACAACUGUCAUCAUCACCCUAAAAGAGGGGCAGUACUUUGGAGAAUUAAGCUUAUUGUUUCCAGAGCAAAGAGCAGCUACAAUAAGGGCAUCAACCAAUUGUGAUAUGUUUAUAUUAACAAAGGACUGCUUGGAUGACGUUGUCAGAUACUAUCCAGAAGUGUUAGCUGACAUGCAUCGGGCUGCUGAAAGAAAACUUCUAGAACUAUUGCCACGGGUUGCUACGCCCAGAAGAAAAAAGUAUUAUUCAUCAACGCUUAAAUUGCCAAGAGACAACGGAUAUUUUAGGCUUUACAAGAAGUUAUUGCAAGAGGACCACAAAAAGAAACAAAAAAGACAUGCAUACUUCAAGGACGCAUACAGCGGCACCUUUUUUGAGAGACUAAUUAAUUGUCACAACUCUACUAUGGACCCUGACAACCUAAUCCGCAUCAUCAUCCAGUACACAUCAUGUGUGUCCAUCAUUGCAGCUUUUUUAAUCAUGAUAACAAUGCACAGCACUCACUCGUUUCAGUUUGUCACCUAUAAUUUUGCCAUGGUUGUUGAAUACAUUCAGCUCAUUGAGGUCUUUUUAAAGUUCCAUAUUUCUUAUUAUGAUCAAAAAGGAACCUACAUCUCAGACUACAAAUCUGUGUCUCAGAACUAUUUGUUCAAAAAAAUGGGCUUCUUCUUUGACAUGCUGUGCUCUUUCCCAUAUGGACUGACCGUCCUUCAUAUGGUCUAUGGACGUCCACCAGAUAUAUUUUUAAAAUUAUUUUCAUCAGUCCGCUUGGUGCAUUCAGUGAGAAUCCUCUCUGCAUAUAAUAUCAUAAGAAAUGAAGAAAAAUCCAUCACUAGCAACUUGCUACUAAUAAGGAGCAUGAAGUUUUCAGCACAAGGCUGUAUAUUUAUUUACAUUGUAAGCAGUGUAUUUGUGGCCAUGUGUGACACAGGAGAGUAUGAGGAGGACACUUUUCUUGGUGAUCACAAACAUCGGACGUCUAAAAGUGAUUGGUUUAUGUAUGGAUUAUACUGGGCAAUGGCAUCAUACUCAACGACUGGUUAUGGUGAUUUCCAUGCUUAUAGAAUCUAUGAAAUGUUAUUCAGCAUUCUGGUGAUGAUUCUAUCAAAGAUUCAUUUGAUCUGGCACAUGGGCGUUCUCUCAUCGUCUCAGGCAAAUCAGCAAACACUCCAGGUUGAUUUUGAAAGCAAACUGACGGCUGUUGAGACUUUUAUGGAAGAUUCAAACCUUCCCACAGCCAUAGAAAAUCGGGUGACCCAUUUCUACAACUACAUUUGGACACGCACUAAAGGAAUCAAAGCAGAAGUUUUGUUUGAUGAUAUUCCUUUAUCUAUAAAAACAGAUAUUCUCUCAAGAGUAUGUGUUCCUCUACUGAAGAAGCAACAGUUGUUUGCUCAUCUCUCAGAAACCUUUCUACGUCAUCUUUCAACGAAAAUGCAAUUGACAAGCUACACUGCUGGGGAGAAUGUAAAGAAAAGAGGAGACGUUGGCGACAGGAUGUGGUUGAUCUUGUAUGGUAGAGUAAAGGUUUUCGGUCCUGGAGAAAACCCGAAGAUCCAUUUAGUGACUACUGGACAGAUCUUGGGACUCCACCUUUUGUUUGGACGUCAUCUCUGUGGCCUUACUGCAACUGCUUUAAACUAUGUUGAUGUAUUUCAUCUUACCAAAAUAGACUUUGAUAUUGUAUGCUCAUACUACCCUACUGUUAAAAAAAGACUUUUUAAGAGAAUUACUAAUUUUGCCAGUGUUCCUUUGUAAUACAGUUACGUAUGAAUAAUAUAAUUAUUUUAUUGACAUUUUAUGACCUAGGUGAAGGCCUAUGAAAUAUUUUUGAGACAUGUGAAAGAAAAUAAAUUAGUUUUUAUACACUUGUAUUUUACUGGCCUGAAAGCUGACCAUGAGAAAAGAGCAUGUGAGAAAAUGUCAAAAAUAAAGGAUUGGAUUUGGUGA